GUGAGGCGGCGCGGGCGGAAGUGACGAUGGUGCAGCCGCGGCAUUCAAACUCCCGGAAGCGAAGCAGGGACUGAGUGGGGCGGCUGCUGCCCUGUACCGCCCGGGUCUGUGGGCCGCCUGGUUCCGCCGUAGGGGAACGGUGCACGCUGCCGGGUGCGGGGCGCUGCGGGAACUGAGAGCCCUGCGUCGUCUGAGCUCCCUCAGAGCUGUGGGAGAGGCCCCGUCCUGCUAGGGGAAAAGGCUUUUCUGCGCGUUUGCCUGCGUAGGCGCUGGAAAAUGAAUUCUAAGACGGCCAAGGGCGUCAUUAUUGGCAAAUGGGGCUUAAAGUCUGGUAGUUCCAGGCUAGAGAGCGAUCUCGAGAAGUACAAGCAGGAGAACGCAGCCCUAAAGAAAUCCCUGGAGGAAAUCACCAAAGGGAAGGGCCGAGCAGAGGACCCGGAGCGGAGCCGGCUGCUGGAGAAAAUUCUUUGUCUUGAAAAAGAAAAAGAAAAAUACAACCAUCUUCUUGGAGAGAAGGACAAAGAAAUCCAAAACCUAAGAGACAGGCUUAAGUCCAAAAACAAGAACAGUGAAGUCUCCUUAUUACACAGUCAACUAGAAGAAAAAACGAAGGAAGCAGAAAGGAGAGAACAAUUACUUAGUUCUCUGUCAGAAGAAAUGAACCAAUUAAAAUGUGACUUAUCCACUAUUACUGCAAAAUGUUCUGAGAUUGAAAACAGAACUGGUAGUUCUCAGGCAUCCCAGGAAACUGUAAUAAACAGCCCUGGAUCUUCAACCAAUCUUAGUGAAGUUGAAAAGCAGCUAAAAGAUGCUCUUGAGAAAAACCAACAAUGGUUACUGUAUGACCAGCAACGUGAAGCAUAUGUCAGGGGACUGCUGGGAAGGAUCUUGGAACUUGAGCAGAGGUCAGAAAUUGUUAGUCAGCAACAACCCAAAGAAUUUAAUGCAGAAGGUCAUCUACAAGAAAAGCAAAAACAUUAUGAUCAGCUUUUAGAAAAUGCAAAGAGUGAUCUUGAAGCUGAAAGAUGCACUGUAAUCCAGUUGAAAUGUGAACUUAAUGAGUUCAAAAAGAAGUAUGAACAAAGACGACAAGAAAUAGUGAGCUUAAAUGCCUUACUGCAGUCGCAACAUUUUGUUGAAAUGAAGGAUCAAGAAAAUGAAAACAGAAUUAAAGGAGAGAAAAUACAGAUACUAAAACAAGAAAACGAAAGUAUUAAACUACAGCUACGAGAGGAAAAGAAAAAGUCUGAAGAUCUAUUAUCUCAGGUACAGAUUCUUCGUAAAUCAUUGCUCAAGCAGCAGGAGGAACAUGCUAGGAUAGCUUUGUUGGAACAACAGAUCCAAAUAUGCACUGCAGACUUGGAGAAUGAAAAGCUUGACCGCCAGAACUUGAAGCAUCAAUUAAACAAAAUCUUUAAGGAAUUGUUCAAGGCUAGGGAGCAAAUAACUCGUCUUGAACCUCUGCUCCAGGAGUCUGGACAUAUGGAACCACAAGAAGAUUUGCAAGCUGCAUUUGAAGAGAAGAUUGCAGCAUAUGAUAGUAGUCCUUCCCAGAAACAUUCAAAUCUCCUUGAUGAAAGUUUCCUUGAGUGUCCCAGAUGUAAAGUGCAGUAUCCAACAAGCCAGCACAGAGAAUUACUAGCGCAUAUUGAUUUCUGUACAGCUUAAGCUCAGACUUAUAUUUGCUCUUUAUGCACUGCCAGUAUACUGUUUAAAAAGGCAAAAUAUUUUUGUAAAUGUUUUCUUUUAAAGCUAUAUGAAGGACUUUCUAUUUCUGUUCAAUUAAAACAGUAAUUUAUUUGGCAUCAAAUUUUCCACUUGGCUCUUGUGGAAAUGGUCAUUGCAUUUUUGCUUGCAAAUGCAAAUAUCUAUAGAAUUAAGGUUAUUUUCAUAAAGUAAACUACUGAUUUUUUUGCACUAUUAAAAAUGAGAAAAGUAAAAAUG